AUGGUGGAUACACCAAAGGAUAAUAGUGGUGAUGACAAAGAAAACCUUGCCAAGGAGGAUGACCCCUCUAAGUCAAAACCAAAGCGCCGGUGCCAACGGCGCCGCUCUAAACCACGCCACAGCAAGGAAAGCAACACCGGCACAGGAGAUGACAACACCCCGGACGGUGCCGAAGACGUAGAAGACCUCGACGAACAAACCACCGAACAGGACAAUCAGGAAGAUGGGCAAGCCAGCCCUGACGAACAGGCCAUCAACGAAGACUCGGAGGAUGGUAGUUAUCAUCUGCUUUCCGAGGAGGAGGCAAGCCUCGUCAACGAGGACUUUAUUGUUUCUUUUAUACAAGCCUCCUUCGACGGCCUGAUUACUGGUCCUGUCAAAGGAUAA